CCUCGGAUAAUCAGGGGUGGAACUCUGUAUCUCGACAUUUUCUCCAAAGCGAAAGAGAUAAGUAAGAGAAGAGAUAGAGAUCGUUGAAAUUAUUGAAACUUUAUAAGCAAAUCUCUAAGACUAUCGUAUAAUCUCGGCAAUAUUCGUACUUCUAAUCGGAUAGAGAUUUUUUAUAUAAUCAAUCCUGAAAACAUCUUAUUUUGUCUAAUUGCCAAACUGGACAAAGAAGAAAAUGACGUCUGAGUGAAAAUAACCUCACAUUUUUUUACAUCUAUUCUCUGGCUGGUCUUUGGUUUACGUAGAUUCGAUUUCCUAGUUUUUAUUAGUUGUUCCUAGUUGUUAUUUUGUAGUUUUUAAGUUUUCGUAGUUAUUAGUUUUUCCCACCUAGUUGUUAUUUUGUAGUUUUAAAUUUUCAUAGUUUUUAGUAGUUCUUAGAUAUUUUGUAGUUUUUCGUAGUUAUUAGUUCUUCCUACUUGUUAUUUUGUAGUUUUUGGUUCUUCAACCAGUGAUUAUUUGUAAUAAAAAUGUUGCCGGUUCAGAUGUUUUUGAUAAAUGAAGUUCAAAACGAUGAACGAAUGUACCAAAACCGCAUACAAAAAAGAACCAUGCGAGAUGCAAGUGAUCCAUUUGCAUUGCCCGAUAGGAGGUUCAUUGAUCUCUUCAGAUUAAAUAAAAAUGUAGUCCACUAUUUGUUUGAGACUUUAAUGCCAUUUAUGGAAGCUGAAGAGAGAAGGUCACGGGUUCCUCGUCAAACCCGCAUAUUAGUUGCGCUGCGAUUUUUUGCGACUGGUGACUACCAAAGAGGUGUGGGUGAAGAAUACUUGCUCUCGGCCAGUCAACAAGUGGUUAGCAGGUGUAUAGAUGAGGUAGCCACUUGUAUAGCUACAAAUUUAAGUCGACUAUGGAUUAAAUUUCCCAUGGAUGAAAGAAGAAGAAAUGAUAUAAAAAGGCGCUUUAUGGAAAAAGCUGGAUUCCCAGGAAUCAUUGGAUGCAUAGAUUGCACCCACAUCGCAAUUUUAGCACCUGCCCAUGAGGAACACAUUUAUGUUAACAGGAAGGGCUUUCACUCCAAAAAUGUGCAAAUAAUUUGUAACGACAAAUUAGAAAUUCUUAAUAUUAAUGCCAUGUAUCCAGGCUCAACAAAUGAUGCAUUUAUUUGGAGAGGUUCUCAAAUAAAACACUUGCUUGAAGAAGAAUAUAACAGAGGAGGAAGAAAUAAUUGGUUGCUAGGAGAUUCAGGAUAUCCAUUGGAGCCAUGGCUGUUAACACCAUUUGAAAAUCCAAAUCCAGACAGUCCUGAAGGCCGAUACAACCACUCUCACAAGAUAACAAGAAGUAUAAUAGAGAGGUGUAAUGGACGCUUAAAACUUGUGUUUAGAUGCACUUUAGGAGAAAGAAAACUCCGGUAUAAUCCUAUUAAAGUGGGAACAAUAAUAAAUGCUUGUGCGGUGUUACAUAACAUAUCUCUGAGAGCUGCAGUUCAGUACGAGAUCAAUUUCCAAGACAAUAUUUUGAAUAUGGACAUCAUCAACUUCCAGGGCAACAAUCAAGUUCCAGGCUUGCCAGUAUUAGAAGAAGCUAGGCAAGUCAGACAGCAACUCCUAAAUAGAUAUUUUCAAAGAUAAAAUUAUUGCUUUUUAAUACUAAAAUUGCUAAAUUGUUAUAAUUUUAUGAUCCAUUUUUUAUUUUCUUAGUUAUAUACAUAUGUUAAGUUAAAAAAUUAAUAAAUAUAAUUAUUCUAUAUGAUUUACAUUUUUAAAUUUAGUUUUUAACAGUUUUAGUAUUAUAUCUUAAUCACCAUCUCUUAUGUUUUACAACGUUAAAUAAAACUAAACUUUAAAUAAUAAAUAUACUGCUGUAUUUCAAAAAUAUUAUUUAUUUUUUCAAUAAUACCACUUGUUAACACUUAUACUAUAUACCGUAUGAUCGAAUAAAAACGGCGUCAGCGAUGGCUAAGAAAUGACGAUCGAUAAUAUUUCCCAUAUAAUUUUACAUAUAAAAUAACAGCGAUCUUCAUUUCAUAGCCAUCGCUGACGCCGUUUUUAUUCGAUCAUACGGUACAUGUAAUUAUAUAAAAAAUAAAUAUAAAUUAAACCACCAGAAACAAAUCUUAAAACAUUUACAUUAACAGGAAAAAACACUAAAACUGAACAAAAUCUUUGGAAAAUAUUACAGCAAAGUUAAAUGAACAAAGGCCAUACUCCUUAAAAUAUUCAGUCAAAUAUACUACUCUAACAUCUAGUAACAAAAAUGUCAAUAAAAAAACAAAAAUCAAUUCUCAUAACAAAACUAAAAAAAUCAAAUAAAAGUUAACAUUUGCAUUGUUUAACAAAAAAAACACUAAAACUAAACAAAAUCUUUGGAAAGUAUUGCAACAAAGUUAAAUGAACAAAGGAAUACUCUUAAAUUAUCCUUAAAAUAUUCAGUCAAAUAUACUACUCUAACAUCUAGUAACAAAAAUGUCAAUAAAAAAACGAAAAUCAAUUCGCAUAACAAAACUAAAAAAAUCAAAUAAAAGUUAACAUUUGCAUUGUUUAACAAAAAAAAAACACUAAAACUAAACAAAAUCUUUGGAAAGUAUUGCACCAAAGUUAAAUGAACAAAGGAAUACUCUUAAAUUAUCCUUAAAAUAUUCAGUCAAAUAUACUACUCUAACAUCUAGUAACAAAAAUGUCAAUAAAAAAACGAAAAUCAAUUCGCAUAACAAAACUAAAAAAAUCAAAUAAAAGUUAACAUUUGCAUUGUUUAACAAAAAAAACACUAAAACUAAACAAAAUCUUUGGAAAGUAUUGCAACAAAGUUAAAUGAAGGCAUACUCCUUAAAUUAUCCUAAUAUUCAGUCAAAUAUACUAAUCUAACAUCUAGUAACAAUAACCAAAAUAAACAAAUUAAAAAAAAAUUCUGAUACAAAAAUAAUAAAAAUUCUAAUCGAAACAAACAAAUAAAAAA